AUGAAAGGCAACUGCAAAUUAAUGCAAUACUGGGCCAGUCGAGACAAUGUGUGGUACAGUCGACCUUUAUUCCAGUCUUCACCUCUGAUCUUCAUGCAACCUCAACUCUCGGUGGCACAGGAGAAAAGGACUCAUAACUUCUCCAAAUCAAAAGGGAUCUGGCCUUAUCUCAAGUUUCCACAGUUAAAGGGUCACUGCUUUGGGAGGAUGGGAGAAUCUCAGAGGUUAAUGAGUUGCUCCCAAAAGUCACGGUCUAGCUCCGACGUCUUGUCGGCAGGAAUGCUAAAGGAAAUGGCCCUCCGGUGGUUCACGGAGACCCAGGCUGCUCUCAUCCUGCAGAACGGCAGGUUACCCGAAUGGUUCCACGGUUUUGUGACCAGGAAAGAAGCUGAGAGCGUCCUGAAGGAUCGAGAUAUUGGUCACUUCCUCAUCCGGCUGAGCGACCGAGCAUUUGGCUACAUAUUGUCUUACAAGGGUAGUGAUCGCUGUCGACACUUUGUGAUCCAGCAGCUGAAGAACGGCAGAUACAUGAUUGAUGGUAGCACUCACACUCACAGGAGUCUUGCAGCCUUGAUCAACUACUACACAACUGAGGUUAUCCAGCCCUUUGGAGAGGUCCUCACUCAGUCCUGCAGUCAGGAUGACAGGAACAAUCUGUACGACCAGGUCAAUUCACCUACUAAGUCCAACUACGAGGAGACAGAAAGGGAACCAGUGUCCAGACAGCCACAUUUUCUCAGCCACUCCCAAUCUGAGGAGGUGUCACAGAGACCUCCAGCUGUCCCUCCGAAGGCCAACAGGAUCCUCAAUACCAGGAGGCUGACCUCAUCUCUAGAAAGCAUGUCCUCCAACAGUGAGGACUUUGACGUAGCCCCACCUCUGCCGCUCAGGACAAGCCUGGUUUUCGAGCAGGACAAUCAGGAUGGAACAACAUACGGGCGAUUUAAUAAACUGAAAUACAAGGAGCAGCAGGCACUCCUGGUAUUGGGCGACAAGAGCACAAACAAGGAAAGCUUGGCAAAUCCACUCUACAGUAUGGGAAUGGAUAUCCGAAAGCCCCAGCCUUCAAGGAGGCAGUCACCAAUGAGCAGUGUUAUAUAUUCCCUGGCUGUGGAGCCCCAGCCGAUAUAUAAUGAGGCAUUUGAGCCACCAGGAGUGAAUCCAUCAACAGAUGUGGUGUACGCUGAAGUGGACGUGGAGCAGUGGAAAACUGGAGUCGUGCCCGCUGCGAGUGGUAACAAUUAUGCCACCAUUGUUGCACCGACUGAACACUCAAGCCAGGCCUCCGAUGCCAAACAGUCGAGUUUGGCCACUCCACCUUUGACUCCUCCUCGAUUGUCGCCCAAUUUGAAUCAGAGAUUGAAAUCUACAUCGCCCACUCGCUCUCCACAGAAACACAAAGCCAGUCAGAAGCUCCUGACGAACCUUUGGCCCCUCUCUCAUUCAGCUGAGCAUGCUCAGGCAAAAGAUCAAUUGUAUGAGGAUACCCUGGACAAGAAAAACUCCACAAACUGUCCGGAGAACACGUACGAACAGAUUCCCGAGGAAUUCUCCAGACGAGGCCAAGCGAAGCCAGUGACUGCAGAGAAGGAGGAAGUUCGUAAGAAAUGGUUCUCCGAUUGGAAAUACAAGUGA